AUGGAAAAUAAGAGAAAGGCUACCGGUGCAAAUGGCAUCGAAUCCUCGGCAAAUGAUCCUAAUGACCGAGCUGCUAAGCGUCGCAAACUAGUUGAGGAAUUCGGUGACCUUUCGAAUGGCGAGACUACUGAAUCAACUACCGCGUACGGAUUAAGCAUUUUAGAAUCAAUCAGAGCUACUACCGACAAAAAUGGCCGUCCAGUUUCUCCUUAUUUCGAGAAACUACCUUCUCGAAGCAAGGACCCAGAAUACUACAAGAAAAUACGGCUCCCCCUUUCCCUUGAAUCGAUCGAGCAAAAGCUGAAAAAGGGCGAAUAUACCAAUCUAUCUGCUCUAGAGGGUGACCUCAAGCGUAUGGUUCAAAAUUCGAAAGAGGUCAGCGAGCGCAAUUCGACAACUUUUGGCGAUGCCGAACGAGUACGUAAAGCUGUUAGCAACUUGAUGACGAAGCACAACCCUGCGUAUAAGACUGGCAGCUAUACGGCUGUUGCUACUCCACUACCCCCGACGCCCGAGCCCGAAGAUAAUGAAGGAGAAGAAGAUAAUGGAGGAGAAGAAGGAGAGGCAGAAGAUGAAGCAGAAGAUGAAGAAGAAGGAGGAGAAGAUGAAGAAGAUGAAGGAGAGGAAGGAGAAGCAGAAGGAGACGAAGAGGAAGAAGGAGAAGGGGGAGGAGACGAAGGAGAUGAAGAUGCCGAGGACGAGGGAGACAAAGAAAAGGAGGCUAGCGUAGAGAAUGUACAAGCCAGCCGGGAAACCGAUGCGGAUGAAGCAGGUCAAGAAGAUGAAGAUCAAGAAGAAGAGGAUGAAGAAGCUGAGAAUAACGAAGCUGAAGGUGAGGAUGGUGAGGAAGAAGACGAAAUUGAUGGAAUUGAUGACGAGGAUGAGGAAGCUGACGAGGACAACGAGGAUGAAGAGGACGAAGAUGGAGAAGAUGGCGGCGAACCAAGCCCGGCAGUCCGAAAACGACGACGACCCGGCCGACCGCCUAAGAAUCCUGUUGCACACGCUCGAAAAAUUGCAAAUCGUGGACCGACGCCAGGCAAAGCCGAUACUCACUAUGAAGGUGUACCGUACAAGGGCUUGACGUUUCAGCAAGCGCAGGAAAAGAUUGUAGAGGAAUUACUCCGAAAGAAAGAUGAUACUGGCGAAUAUCCGUACUUCGAGCCGUUCAUUUACUUGCCGCCUCGAUCGCUUAAAGACUAUUACGAGAUCAUCAAGGAGCCUCUAUCGCUCAAGGCUCUGCAGAAACAAGUCCGAGGUCAGCAUGGUAGAGGAGGGGCAACAUACGUGACAGAUUUCAAGAGCUGGCUUGCUUUUGAGGAUCAGGCCAGCUUAAUCUGGAAGAAUGCCUACCAUUACAACGAAGAUGGAAGCGAGAUCUCACUCAUGGCCCAGGAGCUUGAGAAACUAUUUCAAGAGCAAUUGAAAGAAGCUAAGCUGCAUGUUCCAGAGCCGCCUCAGCCACAGCCGAAGAUUAAGUUAAAGAUGCCACCCAACUCAGAGACUCCCGUACAUCCUAAGAAGAUUACUAUCCAUGUUGGCGGUAAAAACAGUGCCACGGGAUCGCCAGCCCCGGCGACAGGCCAAUCUGGAGAAGAAGAGGUCACCCGCAAUGGCACACCCGUUAGUAGAAACCCGUUUGGUGGUUCGACAGCAACUCCAGUCAGCUUAAGUCAACUUGAGAAGGCCAGAAGCAUGUCAGCGUCUGCAGGCCCUCCUAGUCCGUCGGCCGCAGCGCUAACGAAAUCUGAGGACGCCGUUCGACCGUCACCGGCGUUUACAACUCAUCAGCAUUUUGCACCACCGGUGAUACCGCCUGCGUCAAAUGCUGUACCAAACGCCCUGCCAAACACUCUGCCUAACGUUGUGCCAAAUGGUGACAUUCCUACGCCGCCACCAGCUCCAAAGUUAUCAGCUGCUGAAAUCCUCGAAGCUCAGAAGUAUCGGCCGCGUCCAAUCAAACAAUCUGAAGCUAUUAUGCCCAGUCUCGUCAUCAUGUCUCAUCCUGAGCUUCAGAUUGAGAAUCGAAUGUUAAUCACCAUUCCGGCUAGUCCAACUGAAACCCAGCAGGAAUUGGUUCUGAAUGCUCCCACCAGCUACUAUCGUCUCCGACUUAAGCCAGAGGUGGCAUCCUUUUUGGAGGCUGAGCAGCGUGAAUGGAAGUUGAAUGUGAUACACAAUGGUGCGCGCUUAUACCCUCCCCAAAUUCAGCCUAACAAGCCAGGUGAAUUGGUUUUCGACGUUACUCUACAGUUCGGUCUCAACCGAAUCGAAGUGUCUUUAGUGGCAGCCCUUCCGAAAGGCCAGAAGGCACCGAAUGGGUUAACCAUGGAAAUGGAGAAGUUCGUGGUGCACUUAAACGUGCUCAGACACUGA